AACAACAAGCCGCUAGCUGCGUUAGCUUCCAGACUUCCUUCUGUUUAUCGUCGGUUUUUGUUGUGUGAACUGAAUGUAUCUGCGGUAACAAAACCUUCUUUUCAUCGGAGAAAUAUUUAACAUCCGCUCAGACUGCUGGAUACCAGCUGGAAGGCCUUCUUCAGCAUCAUGUCUGUUACUACAUGGGAGGUUGAUGCUGAUCAGCUUCUUGUAACUGAAAAGAAGACCUUCGUUGUUGAGAAAAAGAUAAACGUUAGAGAAAUAAAGGAACAGGAGGAAGCAGAAACGCAAGAAGUGACCGAAAUAAAACAGGAACCAGAACCUCAACCAGUGAAAGAAGAACCGGUUGAACAGUGGAUCUUUCAGAAUGAAGGGCAGGUUUUAGUGAAGCAGGAGGCCAACACCACUACGGUGACACCUGGUGACUAUGAACCAGAACUGCAGCAGAUGAUUGAGACAAAAGAGGAACCAGAACCUGUAGAGAUGAAGGAGGAGCAGGAGGAGCCAGACCCUGUGCAGAUUAAGGAAGAACCACCAGAACGUGUUCAGAUUAAAGAAGAACAGGAGGAUAUCUGCAGUGGUCAAGAUGAAGAACAUCUUGUAAUGAAGCACGAAACCAAGACUUUUAUAAUAACCUCAACUUGUGAGCAAAACGACAGUAGUGAACCAGUACUAAACAAAGACCACCUGCUCUCUGAAUACCACACUGAAUAUGAGGGCCAGGAAGACUCAGGAUCCAGUAGAGAUAAAGACCUGAGGACAGAGAGGAGACCACAGGACACCAGAAAUCACAGAGACAAUAUGGACAAUUCAGAACCAAAAACACAAAACACUAAUUUGUCCUCUUGUGAAGUAUGUGGUAAAUACUUCACUAAGCGUAAGUACUUGAUGGACCACAUGAGAACUCACACAGGGGAGAAGCCAUAUACUUGUAAAUUGUGUGGUAAAUCUUUUACUAACCACAGUAAUAGAGCUAAACAUCUGAGAACUCACACAGACGAGAAACCACAUCCAUGCGAACUGUGUGAUAAAUCUUUCAGACAGCCUAAUGAGUUGGCUCGUCACUUUAGAACUCACACUGGUGAGAAACCUUUCUCUUGUCUGACUUGUGGAAAAGAUUUCACCCAACAGUCUAACUUGACGGUGCACUUGAGAUCUCACACAGGUGAGAAGCCAUAUUCAUGUAACUUUUGUGGUAACACUUUCAGAUAUGGCGGUCAGUUGACUAUUCAUGUAAGAACCCACACAGGCGAGAGACCUUUCUCUUGUCUGACUUGUGGAAGAGCUUUCACCAAGCAAAGCGCCUUAACUGAGCAUAUGAGAACCCAUACAGGAGAGAAGCCGUAUCCCUGUAAGUUGUGUGAUAAAUCUUUUAGAAAAAGUAGUGCUUUGACUUAUCACAUGAGAACUCAUACGAGUGAGAGGUCAUGAAUUAUGAGAUGCACUUUUUGUAGGAAGCAGUUAUUUAGUUAUAAACUAAAGUGAAAUUAUAAACUAAAUAACUUUUUAACUAAAACCAACAAGCAAGGGACGAUUCAGUCCCUUUACUUUUUUUGUUAAGUAAAACCUUUUGUAUUUUGUACAGUUGUAACAUUUGUUAACAAAUUGAUUAAUGAAUUUUUUCAUAGGUUUGUUACCUUCCUGUCUCCUGUACUUGGCAAAGAUUUUUCAAAUUAAAAAAUACAUUUGAUGUCAAAAAUUAUAUUCCACAUUUAUUAAGGCAAAGCACGUCUUCUUUAAAAAAUAUGCAAUAGUUAUGAUUCUACCCAUCAAAUAUCUGAAUAGUUUGUCAUCCAAAUUCCAAAGCACUGAAGCCAGUCCUGUUUGUCCAGCCGUUCAUCUGAAUUUCUUUAUCUGACAUUGUGUUGAUGCUGGUAAUGUAAAAUAACAGCAGAUUGAAAUUAACAGCCUAAGUUAAAUGUUUUCACCAAAACAUUCAUAGACCUAAACAUUCCUGUCUGCUAGUCCUGCACCGAUUGCAGUUUUCUGGCCGAUCACCGAUUACCUUUUUUUUCGAAAAGCCAAACUUAACGAUUCUGAUACCAUUUUUUUGUCUGAAAUGUUGCUCAAUAUAUCAAGAAAGUUGCUGAAUUGGCAACAACAGGGUGACUAUUGUUAACUGUACAUGUGCAGACGUGACCUGGUCAGUCGGUCUGUCAGUCAAACUUCUCUCACGGGAGAAAAGAAAAGCUCAGCGGUUGAUUUUUAGACUUUUGCUGAGGUUGAUGACAUCGGUGGAUAAGAUCGGCUCCACAUGUAAAAAUCAGCCGAUCUGCCAAAAUUAAGGAAAUCGGCACCAAUAAAUCAUCUGGCAGAUAAAUUGAAUUGAAUUGAAUGCUUUAUAUUAAAAAAACAUCUAAUUAAUUAUUAAAGUGAAGGAUGUCUUUCGUAACCCUGAUAUUGUUCUUCCAGAAUCUCUGUGAAGCAGCCAACGCCGGUUCAAUGUCUGUAUUUGACGUUGUGCCCACAGAUAUUAAUUAUUCACAACAUAAUUCAAUGUUAAGCUUUGUGAUGCUAUUGGCCAGAUAUUUAAUUUUAUUAGAACGUCAAACUA